AUGGCGGAUACUUUGGAGGGUAGUAGCAAUUGUGAAGAAACUAUUAAUAUUGAAGAAUCUCGUCGAAAAUAUGAAGAGCGACGACGAAAAAUUCUCGAAGAAGAACAGAAAGAACGACGGAAUGGUAUGAAUAUAUCAUCAGAUGAAGACGAUAACGAUGUAGAUGAUAUGUUUUUGACCGCUGUUCAACGGAAAAGAGAGAAAUUGCAUAGACGAGCUCUUUUGAAGCAAUUUCUGGCUCCAACUUCAAAUCAGAAAGAAGAAAUUGAAAGAAAACGUAAGCGAAAAGAAGAGGAAAAACAACACGAAGAAGCAAAAAAGACAUUACUUGAAAAACAUGCUGAAAUUAUGGAAAAUCAAGAAGAUGUUGAUGAAAAUGAGAAACAGCGACGAGAAGAAGAAGAAUUAUUGGAUAAAGUUACAAGAGGUGGAGCACUUGCAGAAAUGACAAAAGGCGAACAAUAUGAAAAACCAAUUGAAACUGGGUGAGCAUUUUAUAUUUUUCGAAAAAGUUUUGAGUUUUUUUCAAAGUGAAACUAUUUUUAGAUGGCGUCCUCCUGCUCAUAUUCGAAAUCAAACUCAAAAAGAUUAUGAAGAAUAUCGUAAAAGAAGAGGAAUAAAUGUAGAAGGAGAAAAUAUACCACCUGCAUUUGGAAGUUUUCUUGAGAUGAAAUUUCCAAAAUCGAUUCUGGAAGGUUUGAAAAAUAAAGGAAUUUUCGCACCAACAGCAAUUCAAAUGCAAGGAAUACCAGUAGCGUGA